CGUAAAUAAACUGGUUGUUGUAAUGGUAUCUUACCACUACUCCACCUAUCACUGGCCUUACCGAAUGCUUUACCACAACCAGGUAUUCCACCAUUAUAUGCUGAAUUUAAAAAAAACAAUUGAAUCUAAAUACGCGACGUGAAUCAGCACAGUUGCUUUCCCAAUAGUGGUUUUUUUCACAAUCGUGUACGACGAUUUUGGCUCUACUGACACGCGAUUUAAUUUUCAUAAAGAAGUGGUUACGACGUGUUCUAGCCAUUCGUUGACCGCCUGUGCUUUUCCAUUUAUAUAAUGAAUGACUGAACACUUAUUGAAUAGGAUCACAUCUGUUUUCUUGUUUUUGUUACGUUUUACUUAGACUUUCCACCGGUUCUUUUACACUCUUGUUUUCGUGUCCUUCAAAUACCACUUCAGUGCAUUAUCCGUUUCUCCGGUCUCUCCAGUGAGCUCAAUUGCUCGUAUCCGUUCAUUCUGCUUCAUUUUCUGCUCGUUAUUCUGUUGUUUAUAUAUACUCUUCGUUUGUAUAUAUCGUCUCCUCUAUUUUACUUCAUCAUGGCUACUCCUAUUAAAGAACAUGUUUAUGUUAUCACAGACUCAGAUCCUCCUGCCCCAGAAUACCAGCAGCCUUCGCAAUUCGAAUUCAUCUCCUCUUCCAUCGAAGUUUAUCCCAAAUCGGUGCAAGAAAAAAGUGGUGAACAGCAAGCUUCAACUUUUGUAUCGAAGGCGUCGGUUACAACGCCAUUGCCUAAAGUAAAAGCUCAUAAGACAAUUGAAAUUGUCGAAGUCACCGACUCCCCCAUCUUAGACUCACAGCAAUCCUCCUUGCGUUCACAACCACCGCCGCCUUCUUUCACUGAGAACGAUGAUUACCUUCCCAGUCCAAAGACGGCCUUUGCACCUCAGGCGAUCUCUGCGCGUGUUCUUGCGUCCGCAUCUCAUCUUCCUUGUCAUGACCAAACAACUCCAAAACACAGCUCACUUCUCACAGAUGAAGGUCCUAUAGUGGUGUCUUCCUCCUCUCCGCUAUUCCUUCCUCCAAGUCCCGUAUCCGUUCCUGCUCCACUUGCCAGUUCCUUAAAUACGUCCACAAAUGAUUUACACAAAAGCGUGCCCGUGCAACAUCCGGUUUCGUCCUCUCCUCCAGAAUUGCCUGUCUUCCGUGUAGAUGAAGAACAGGACCAGGAUACCACUGUACUUAGAGCAAACUCUGUUUCCCCCACACAUGUUGCUUAUCCAAUACCGUUGACAGACUCGUCCAGUCCGCUCUCUAACCGUGUACUUCAGGACAUUCAAAAAAGCAUUCGUGCACCUCAGAGCAUGUUUUCAGUAAAGGAAAAAGAAACCGUACCUGAUCAGAAUUUGGUUACUCAUCCAAAACCUUCAAGGUUAAGGAAAUCUUAUUCAGAAUCUAUAUGCUCUUCUUCGUCAGCUGCAACUGCAAACCUGCAUGUUGCAUCAGACUUUACUCGCUCGCGCUCCCUGCUUGGGGAACAAGAAACAAAUCGACUGCAAAAGCUUAAAAGGAGACAUAAACAACAUACAGCAAGCGAAGAGGUAUGUUCAAAAAACACAACCACCGCGGUCACUCGUACUGUAUCUGGCGUUGCACACAGAGAAAAAGUUCUUCGUUCAUUGGAGAAGAAAAAGGCGAAAGAAGCCAAAGCUGCUGAACGAAAACGUCUGAAAGAUAUGGAGACUUUAAACAAAAAAAAUCGCACUCGAAAGGACUGCCUUCCGGAGAUGAUCUUAAAUGUUUCGGAAGAGUGGAUGCUCACUGAAUUUGGAGAAAAAGUUAUGAAUAACUUACGCGAAGAAGGUUGUACAUUCAAACCAAUUCCUAAUCACCCACUAAGUGCAGUUACUUGGAAACGCCUUGUAUCCAAUACUUACAAUGCUACCAAAGGUUACUUCGAAUAUGACAACGAGCAUGAAGAAGCCGAAAGUCUCAUUCUUUUACGGUUAACCUGUACUGAAGUUGUAAAAAUGAUCUCUGACAACGCACUUGAAGACUACCUUCAUUCCAUUCAGUCUCAAUUUCCUUCCAUGAAAAUACUCCUCUUGUUGGAGGGCUGCAAAACCUACUUCAAAAAACAACGUUCAGAAGUCAACAGACAGUUUGCUGCCGCAGUGAAUAAUGGCACGAAGCCCCUUCUUUUCGGAUCAAUGUCUAAAUACCAACACAUAACAGAAGACGUGCUGAGCGAACGUCUUAUUGAGCUUCAAGUGAACCAAAGUAUUCUCAUUAAUGAAACAUACAAUGUUGACGAAUCUGUUCAAUGGAUUGCUUCAAUAACGGGCGAUUUGGCAAUACGUCGAUACAAGCCGAAGCCGAAAGGAAAAAUGUUUUGUUUGGAUAGUGGCCAAGUCAAGUCUGCUGCAAACAUAGAUGAUUCACUAAGUUACAUGCUCCGUGAAAUUUCGCGUAUCACACCUGCGGCCGCCGAUGCAAUUUGUUCCAAAUUCCCUACCUUGUUUUGCUUAAUACAGCACCUUCGUGAACAUGGCCCAGAUGCUCUUGCUGAAGUUCGAAUUAAUACAAACCUGGUUUCCCGUAAAAUAGGAAAAGCUCUUUCUAAACGUGUUCACACGGUUUUCCUUGGCCGUGACGAAAAUCAAGACAUUCCAUGACUUCUUUUAAUAUCUCCAGCAUAUCAAAAUAAUUGCUUCUUACAAUCUCCCCGUUCUGUACACCUAACCUCGUUCUAUUUUCCUUCAUUCGGUACACGGCCGUGUAAAAUUACAAUUUUAAAUCAGUUCUAUAUUUUCAUUA